AUGGCCCGCGACCGCAGUACUGAACGACGUCGUUCACGAUCUAGAGAGCGACGUGAUCGCGAUCGUCAUGAUGAAAGGGAACCCCUUCGAGACAAAAAACGAAGAGAGCGAUCCAGGAGUCCUAGAAAAGAACGUGAUAGAUCCCGUAGUCCGGGGAGGAAAGAUAGAUCAAGAAGUCCACGUAAAGACAAAGAUCGGUCCAAAAGUCCUAACAGGAAAGAUAGCGCUAGAUCAAGAAGUCCUAAAAAACGUGAUGGAAAAGAAAGAGAUAGACGUUACGAGAAUAAAGAAAAAAGCCGGUCCAAAACUGAUAGUGAACACAAAUCAGAAAAAGAGGAAGAAUCGCUUGAGAAAAAAGAUGAAGAACCAAAGCAUGUAAAAAAAGAACCUCUGUCAUUGGAAGAACUUUUAGCAAAAAAGAAGGCCGAAGAAGAAGCUCGUAGUAAACCUGUUUUCUUAACAAAAGAACAAAGGGCCGCAUUGGCCUUGGAAAGGCGACGUGAACAGGUAGAAGCAAUGAGAUCCAAUGUAGCUAGACCAACUAUAGCAACAAUAGAUCUUACAGGUAGUUCUAAAAGAGAAGACAGAGAACGCGAUAAAGAACGUGAACGUGAUAAAGAACGUGAACGCGAUAGAGAAAGGGAACGUGAUAGAGAAAGAGAGCGUGAUAGAGAAAGAGAACGUGAUAGGGAAAGGAAGUACGAAGACAGAAAAUCAAAUUCUGAUCGUAAGGAUGAUAAGAAAGAAAAGGAAGAGGAACUUAGUGGUAAAGAUAAAGAAAAAGAGGAGGAGGCAAUAAAGGCUAGAUAUCUAGGCAUUGUUAAGAAAAAACGUAGAGUAAGGCGACUUAAUGACCGAAAAUUUGUGUUUGAUUGGGAUGCAUCAGAAGACACUUCAAAUGAUUAUAAUACACUAUAUAAAGAAAGGCAUCAAGUACAAUUCUUCGGUAGAGGGCAUAUUGCUGGCAUUGAUAUUAAAUCACAGAAAAAGGAUUACUGUAAAUUUUAUGGUAACCUUUUAGAAAAAAGGCGUACCGAACUUGAAAAGGAACAAGAAAAAUUGAGACUAAGGAAAGUGAAAAAGAAGGAAGAUAAGCAAAAAUGGGAUGACAGACACUGGUCUGAAAAAGAUCAUGAUGAAAUGACUGAAAGAGACUGGAGAAUAUUCAGAGAGGAUUAUAAUAUUACUAUUAAAGGUGGUAAAAUACCUAAUCCCAUUCGAUCUUGGAAGGAAGCUGGCUUCCAUGAAGAUGUCAUGGAAAUUAUUAAUAAAGUUGGGUACAAGAGUCCAACACCGAUUCAGAGACAAGCUAUUCCAAUUGGAUUACAAAAUAGAGACAUAAUCGGUGUAGCUGAGACAGGUUCUGGUAAAACACUUGCUUUUCUUAUACCUUUGCUAACAUGGAUACAAUCUCUUCCUAAGAGUGAAAGAAUGGAGGAUGCUGAUCAAGGUCCUUAUGCUAUAAUUUUGGCACCAACAAGAGAGUUAGCUCAACAAAUUGAGGAAGAGACAAAUAAAUUUGGGAUUCCACUAGGAAUUACCUCUGUGGUAGUUGUUGGUGGUCUAUCAAGAGAAGAUCAAGGAUUUAAAUUAAGAUUAGGAUGUGAAAUUGUUAUUGCUACCCCUGGACGUCUUAUUGAUGUGCUGGAGAAUCGAUACUUGGUUCUCAAUCGAUGUACCUAUGUAGUCCUUGAUGAAGCUGAUCGUAUGAUUGAUAUGGGUUUUGAACCUGAUGUACAAAAAAUCUUAGAAUACAUGCCUGUAUCUAAUAUAAAACCAGACUCUGAUGCUGCUGAAGAUGCCUCAGUUUUACUUGCAAAUUAUAAUACAAAAAAAAAGUAUAGACAAACUGUGAUGUUUACAGCGACUAUGCCACCAGCUGUUGAAAGAUUGGCCCGUACUUAUUUACGUAGACCAGCCAUAGUUUACAUAGGAUCUGUCGGUAAGCCAGUAGACAGGACAGAACAGGUUGUUUUCAUGAUAGGUGAAAAUGAAAAACGGAGAAAACUUACUGAAAUUCUACAACGUGGGGUGGAACCACCUAUUAUCAUUUUUGUCAAUCAAAAAAAGGGUGCAGAUGUUCUCGCAAAAGGAUUGGAGAAACUUGGUUUCAAUGCUUGUACAUUACAUGGAGGAAAGGGACAAGAGCAACGUGACUUUGCUUUGGCAAGCCUUAAGAAUGGGUCAAAGGAUAUAUUAGUUGCAACAGAUGUUGCUGGUCGUGGUAUUGAUAUUAAAGAUGUCAGUGUGGUAAUUAAUUAUGACAUGGCCAAGUCAAUUGAAGAUUACACUCAUCGUAUUGGUCGUACAGGACGUGCUGGUAAAACGGGAAAGGCCGUGUCAUUUGUGACAAAGGAAGAGUCUGCAAUUUACUAUGACCUCAAACAAGUACUGCUUGCAAGUUCUGUAUCUACAUGUCCACCAGAACUAAUGAACCAUCCUGAGGCACAACAUAAACCUGGUACAGUGGUAACAAAGAAACGUAGAGAAGAAAUGAUUUUUGCUUAG